UGUUUAGUUGUGAAUAUUUAUGCCAGCAAAUCGAAUGGUGGUGCGGGGAAUCGUAGUACUAUAAAGGGCCCAACCAAUCUGGGGGACGAGCCAUUAAAGGCUUUCCACUCGUUGCAACGACAGUUAAAGUGCAAAAAUGAACCAUUGUACCUUAAUUCUAAUGGGGCUCAUGCUCCUGCCACUGGGCAACUGUUUGGUGCACUUUAAAAAUCUUGGACCUGGCGCAAAGGGAGGCUGCAAGGGCGAAAAGGGCGACAUAGUAGUCCAUGGAAUGGAAGACGACUCGAAUACCUGCGGCGUUAAGCAUUGCCAAAACAAUAAAGGCGACGCUCUGAUCCACUAUUGCCAAAUCCCUGGUCAUUUUGCAGACUGUGCGGGGACUGGCAUAUCGUCAGCUCGGCGCUGGCCCGAGUGCUGUUGGACGUGCGUCGAAUUAAUAGACUGCGCCAAAGAAGAACAACAAGUAAGCCCCGAUGGUCCCGUUACGUAAAACUCUUCACUUCAACCUCAUGAUCUGAUCGUUCCAACCGGGAAAGGAUCGCUUCUCGACUAGCCAUAGGAUUGAUAUUUAUAAGAAAACCAUUAUAUGCACACCCUUUACAGUUUAAACGAUAAUCCAGCAUAA